AAACCACCAGCCACAGCCCGCGGAUGAAUAAGUAUCAUUAUACUAUGACGCGAGCGAGCCAUUCUCUUUCAAGAUUCUGCAAUUGACAAAUACGCUUCGCGUUAGACGCGAGGAUUCUUCAGGCUUCGAUCUCAAUGCAAUUAUGCAAACCCUAGAAAAUUCGAUAUCACCUGUGUGAUUUGACGCAGCUUCAUCAGUUUCGUCUAUGGAGUCCGAUUCACUUCCUUCUCCAUUUCUGAGAUCUACUGCUGCCCUUCUCUGGCCAUUGUUUCUCGUGAACCCUUCAAACUCCCUUAAAUCUCCGUUAAACAUCUUCUUCGUUUUCUUCUUCCUAUGCAGCUUUUGCUCUGUGGCCUCCACAUUCUCAGAUUCGAAUUUUGAAAGUACAUAUGCUCGUCUCUGCAAUCAAAUCGUCCCCAUUACUGCGUUGCGGCCUCACACUGGCGAUGUUCCUGGCAUUGCUAAGUUGCUUCGAUUUCGAUAUGGGUACUUUUCUGGCGGCGAUCGACUUUUUAAUAAGACCUCACAUUCUGCCGGUAAGCAUACGUGGUUUGUGGUUCAGUCUGUUCACGAAACGGGGAAGGAUGGCGUAUAUGAAGUGCAAGCGCAGUUGCAUCUCCGGAACCGAGAAAUGCAGCCAUUACAGAACCGUUUCCGCAGCUUGCGAGGACAAGCUUACCGGCGCCCCAGAAUAACGCAUUGGAGAGCAGGUAUAGACUUUGCGCUGCAUGGAUUGUGGUCUGAAUCUUCUGGGAAGCUUUGUAUGGUCGGAACGGAUUCGCAUGUUAAUGGUAAAGUAAGAAAUGUUAUUCUGAAGCUUAAUUACCCGCUGGUAUCGAGCAUUUUCAGCAGUUUCAUUAAUGGGACACUUGAAAGCGUUGAUGGCCUGAGUAACUUGCUUUCCUUCGAGCCUAUCUCAAUAAUUGCUUUGUCUCAGAGUUCAAAUUACGAGUACAGUAUUGGGGGGAAAGACAAUGAUGUUGGUUGUUUAGCUGAAGCAGAUGGUGAAAGCAUACCGCUCAACAACUUCAGUCAAGGUGCCUGUACCGUUUUUAAUAAACGCACAGAUUUAUUCGAACUGAAAUAUGAAAGUAACUGUCACGGUGAUGAUUGCAAUCCUCUUGGUGCAAAUGCUGGAUAUUUACCCGAGUUUAUGUAUUUUUAUGGCAUUCGAUGUGCAGAAAGGCAAAAAGUUCAGAUUUUACUGAGUUUUCCUGAUCCCAGUUAUCAAGAUACAAUGUUUCCAUUUAAUCCUACUUCAACACUAGUAUCUGAGGGAACGUGGGAUGAGAAAAGGCACAGACUUUGUGCAGUUGCAUGUCGAAUCUUGAACUUCUCAGAAUCACUCAAUAAUGCUUAUGUGGGAGAUUGCUCAAUUAAGCUUACACUGAGAUUCCCUUCAGUUUUGUCUUUAAGAAACAGAAGUACUAUUUUGGGCCAAAUUUGGAGCAAUAAAGCGGUUGAUGAAUCUGGCCAACUAAGUAAAAUUGAAUUUCAGAGUUCCUUAAUUGUUCAAAGACUUCCCCUUGAUUUCCAGUAUAAAUACACUGAAAUUGAUACAGUAAGAAAAUUUUGUACAGAAGACAAGGCCGCUAGAGGGAAGGGAAAGAUGUAUCCAGAUGGAAAUUCUUCUGAUAUGAGAUUCAGCAUGUCAGUGAGAAACAGCAAAGGACAAGUGGCACAAGGUUACUCAUCACCACUCUCUGUUAGUGAACAGAUUUUUGACAGUAGAUUUUAUGGGGGUUCACUUAUGUUGACAAGGGCCAACCAAAAAGUACAUAUAGCUCAAUUAGACAACCAUAGUAAUUUGUUGAAUAUCAGCUACACGAUGAGCUUCAAGCCAUCAGCUAAUUUUAAGUUUGAUAGUGGGGGUGCUUCGGCCAGAGAAGUUGUUAUUUUUGCUGAAGGAAUAUACAAUAGUAAUAUAGGACUUCUGUGUAUGAUAGGAUGCCGGAAUCUGAGAUCGACGGACAAGCAACUGAUGAAGAAUGAAUCAUUGGAUUGUGAACUUUUGAUUAAUGUCCAGUUUCCUCCGUUGAAUGCGAAGGAAUUCAACUCCUUUACGUGAAAAAGCAUCCAGAUGCGCUACCUUACAUAAGCAUUGUGAUGCUUAUCCUUCUUACUCUGGGACACAUGAUACCAUUGCUGUUGAACUUUGAGGCCUUAAUCAUGGGAAACCACAGCCAACAGAAUGUUUUUCUUGGAAGUGGAGGUUG